AUGGCGCAGCUCGACACGCUGGACUUGAUCGUCCUCUCGAUCAUCCUCGUGGGCACGGUAGCCUACUUCACCAAGGGCAAGUACUGGGGCGUCACCAAGGACCCCUACGCAAACUCCUUCGCCAACGCCAACGGGCUCAAGGCGGGGAAAACGAGAAACAUCAUAGAGAAGAUGGACGAGUCGGGAAAGAACUGUGUCAUCUUCUACGGCUCCCAGACUGGUACCGCUGAGGACUACGCUUCGAGACUGGCCAAAGAAGGCAAGAGUCGUUUCGGACUCGACACCAUGGUAGCCGAUCUUGAGGACUACGACUACGAGAACCUGGACGCCAUCAGCGAAGACAAGGUUGUCAUGUUCGUCCUCGCCACCUACGGUGAGGGCGAGCCGACAGACAACGCCGUCGACUUCUACGAGUUCAUCACGGGCGAAGACGUCUCUUUCUCGGAAUCUGCCGAUCCUCCUCUGGGCAACCUCAAAUAUGUCGCUUUCGGACUAGGCAACAACACCUAUGAGCAUUACAACUCCAUGGUUCGCAACGUCAACAAGGCUCUCGAGAAGAUGGGUGGCCACAGAAUCGGCGAGGCCGGUGAAGGUGAUGACGGUGCCGGUACCAUGGAGGAAGACUUUUUGGCUUGGAAGGAGCCCAUGUGGGCAGCUCUGGCCGAGAAGAUGGGACUCGAGGAACGCGAAGCCCAGUAUGAGCCUGUCUUCGGUAUUGUUGAGCGCGAAGGUCUCACCAGGGACUCUCCUGAGGUCUACCUGGGUGAACCGAACAAGAUGCAUCUCGAGGGUUCGGCCAAGGGUCCAUUCAAUGCCCACAACCCAUACAUUGCCCCUAUUGCUGAGUCGCGGGAACUUUUCCAGGUCCCGGACAGGAACUGCCUGCAUAUGGAAGUAGAUAUCAGUGGCUCAAACCUCUCCUACCAGACUGGUGAUCACAUUGCUGUUUGGCCUACCAAUCCUGGCCAGGAGGUGGACUACUUCCUGGACAUCCUCGGAUUAUCCGAGAAGAGACACCAAGUUAUCAGCGUCAAGGCUCUCGAACCCACCGCCAAGGUCCCUUUCCCGACUCCCACGACCUACGACGCCAUCGUGCGGUACCACAUGGAAAUCUGUGCUCCUGUCUCCCGUCAGUUCCUCGCAACCCUGGCCGCAUUUGCUCCAGAUGAGGCCUCCAAGACUGAGAUGACCAAGCUUGGUAGCGACAAAGGCUAUUUCCACGACAAGGUCAGCAAGUAUCACUACAACAUUGCUGGAGUUCUCCGCACCGUUGGUGGAGGCCAGAAGUGGACCAGCAUUCCGUUCUCUGCUUUCAUUGAAGGCGUCACCAAGUUGCAACCCCGUUACUACUCCAUCUCGUCAUCCUCCCUGGCCCAGCCCAAGAAGAUUUCCAUCACGGCUGUCGUUGAGUCCCAGGUCAUCCCUGGCAGGUCCGAUCCAUUCCAGGGUGUUGCUACCAACUACCUAUUUGCCCUCAAGGAGAAGCAGAACGGUGACCCCAACCCCAAGCCGUUCGGUCAAACUUACGAGAUUACGGGCCCGAGAAACAAGUACGACGGUAUUCAUUUGCCGGUUCAUGUCCGCCAUUCCAACUUCAAGCUUCCUUCCGACCCUUCCAAGCCCAUCAUCAUGAUCGGCCCUGGCACUGGUGUAGCACCAUUCCGCGGAUUCGUCCAGGAGCGUGCGCAUCAAGCUACGGCUGGAGAGACUAUCGGCAAGACUCUUCUGUUUUUUGGGUGCAGAAAGCGGGGCGAGGACUUUAUGUACGAGUCCGAGUGGGAGGACCGUAAGAAGGCUCUUGGUGACUCGUUCGAGAUGAUCAACGCCUUUUCGCGUGAGGGCCCCAAAAAGGUGUAUGUCCAGCACAGGCUCAAGGAAAUGGCCAAGGAGAUCAACGAGCUCCUGGAGAAGAAGGCAUAUGUCUACGUCUGUGGUGAUGCUGCGAACAUGGCUCGCGAAGUCAACACCGUCCUCGCGCAAAUCAUCGCCGAACAGCGCGGAGUCUCCGAGGCCAAGGGAGAGGAAAUUGUGAAGAAUAUGAGGGCUGCCAACCAGUACCAGGAAGACGUUUGGUCGUAG